GUGGAGACCCUGCUGAGGGCUCUUCUGGACAUCAUAUGCAGACUGCUGGCAAGGGAGAAGCAGGGACUUCCUUGGAUUUCUUCACCAAGGAAAUCAGACACAAUGGUGGGGAUUUUUCCCAGAAUCACAGAAGCUCUGGUCAUCUUAAUGGUGGUCAUGCUGGUUCAUGGAGAAUUGCGAAUCGAGACAAAAGGACAACACAAAGAAGAUGAGACGGCAGUUCAGCAAGCCAAAAGAAGGUAUAAACGUGAAUGGGUGAAAUUUGCAAGACCCUGCAGAGAACGAGAAGACAACUCAAAAAGAAACCCAAUUGCUAAGAUUACUUCAGAUUACCAAGCAAACCAGAAAAUUACCUACAAAAUUUCUGGAGUGGGCAUUGAUCAGCCACCUUUUGGAAUCUUUGUUGUUGACCCAAACUCUGGAGAUAUUAACAUAACAGCCAUAGUGGAUCGAGAGGAAACCCCAAGCUUCCUGAUCACGUGUCGGGCUCUAAAUGCCCUAGGACAAGAUAUAGAGAAGCCCCUUAUACUAACGGUCAAAAUUUUGGAUGUUAAUGAUAAUGCUCCAGUGUUUUCACAAAGCAUAUUCACGGGUGAAAUAGAAGAAAAUAGUGCUGCAAACUCACUGGUGAUGAUCCUAAAUGCCACAGAUGCAGAUGAACCAAACCAUCAGAACUCUAAAAUUGCCUUCAAAAUAGUUUCUCAGGAACCUGCAGGCAUACCCAUGUUCCUCCUAAGCAGAAACACCGGGGAAGUCCAUACUUUGACCAAUUCUCUUGACCGAGAGCAAGUUAGCAGCUAUCACCUGGUUGUGAGCGGUGCUGACAGAGAUGGAGAAGGACUUUCAAGUCAAUGCGAGUGCAGUAUUAAAGUGAAAGACGUCAACGAUAACUUCCCAAUGCUUAAGGACUCUCAGUAUUCAGCACGUAUUGAGGAAAACACUUUAAGUUCUGAAUUACUUCGAUUUCAAGUAAUAGACUGGGAUGAAGAGUACACAGAUAAUUGGCUUGCUGUGUAUUUCUUUACCUCUGGGAAUGAAGGCAAUUGGUUUGAAAUACAAACUGAUCCUAGAACUAAUGAAGGCAUCCUCAAAGUGGUUAAGCCUCUAGAUUAUGAACAACUGCAAAACAUACAACUUGGCAUUGCUGUCAAAAACAAAGCUGAAUUUCACCAAUCAAUAAUCUCUCAAUAUCGAGUUCAGUCAACCCCAGUCACAAUUCAGGUAAUAAAUGUAAAAGAAGGAAUUGCAUUCCGUCCAGCUUCCAAGACAUUUACUGUGCAAAAAGGCAUAAGUAGUAAAAAAUUGGUGGAUUAUGUUGUGGGAACAUAUCAAGCCAUCGAUGAAGAGACUGGCAAAGCUGCCUCAUAUGUCAAAUACAUUAUGGGACGUAACAAUGGUGGUUUCCUAACGAUUGAUUCAAAAACUGCUGAAAUCAAAUUUGUCAAAAACAUGGAUCGAGAUUCUACUUUCAUAGUUAACAAAACAAUCACAGCUGAGAUUCUGGCCAUAGAUGGAAACACAGGCAGAACUUCUACAGGCACCAUAUAUGUUGAAGUACCCAGUUUUAAUGAAAAUUGUCCAACGAUUGUCCUUGAAAAGGAAAUCAUUUGCAGUUCAUCGCCUUCCGUGGUGGUUUCCGUCAGAACACUGGAUAGAGGGAAAUAUACCGGCCCCUACACAUUUUCCCUGGAGAAGCAACCUCUAAAGUUGCCAGUUGUGUGGAGUAUCACAACACUCAAUGCUACCUCGGCACUCUUGAGAGCCCAACAAGAGAUAUCUCCUGGAGUGUACCGAGUCUCCUUGGUGGUUACGGACAAUCAGAACAAUAUCUGUGAAAUGCCAGAGAGUUUGACUCUGGAAGUCUGCCAGUGUGACAACAGGGGUAUCUGCAGAAGUUAUAAGCCAAACAGGGACCCUGAGAUCAAGUAUGGGAAGCCACCCUCGGGGAGGCUGGGACCUGCUGCCAUUGGCCUGCUGCUCCUCGGUCUUCUACUGUUGCUGUUGGCUCCCCUUCUGCUGUUGACCUGUGACUGUGGCACGACCGGGGUAGUGCCAGGGCAUUUUAUCCCAGUUCCUGAUGGCUCUGAAGGAACAAUUCAUCAGUGGGGAAUCGAAGGAGCCCAUCCUCAAGACAAGGAAAUCACAAAUAUUUGUGUGCCACCAAUAACAACCAAUGGAGGCGAUUUCAUGGAAAGUUCUGAAGUUUGUACAAAUAUGUAUGCUGGAGGGACGGUGGUAGAAGGUGCUUCGGGAAUGGAAAUGACCACGAAGCUUGGAGCAGCUUCCGGAUCUGGAGGUGCUGCAGGCUUUGCAGCAGGAACAGUCUCCAGCGCCGCUGCAGGAUUCGGAGCAGCCACUGGACUUGGCAUCUGUCCCGCGGGGCAGUCAGGAACCAUGAGAACAAGGCAUUCCACAGGAGGGACCAAUAAAGACUAUGGUAAUGGGGCAAUAAGCAUGAGUUUCCUGGAAUCCUACUUCUCUCAGAAAGCAUUUGCCUGUGCAGAGGAAGACGACAACCAGGAAGCAAAUGACUGCUUGCUUAUCUAUGAUAAUGAAGGUGUAGAUGACUCAGACUCUCCCUUGGGCUCCCUGGGCUGUUGCAGUUUCAUUGCUGAUGACUUGGAUGACAGCUUCUUGGACUCGCUUGGCCCCAAAUUUAAAAAACUUGCUGAGAUAAGCCUGGGUGUGGAUGACGAAGCCACACACGCUCAGCCACGCCCUAAAGACAGCGGUUACGGGACUGAAGCCCCGCAGUCAGGGUCUGUGAGGUGCCAGACUUUGUCAGGAAGUCAAGGCACUUUGGCCCAACAGGGCUCUGGGUCUUUCCAGCCGGCUGUUCCCAUCCCUGACCCUCUGCAGCCUGGUAGCUAUUUGGUGACAGGGACUUACUCCGCUUCUGGUACCCUCGUGCAACCUUCCACUGCAGUCUUUGAUCCACUUCUCACACAAAAUGUGACAGUGACAGAAAGGAUGAUCUGUCCCAUUUCCAGUGUCUCUGGCAACCUGGCUGGCCAAACGCAACUACGAGGGUCACGCUCUAUGCUCUAUCCAGAAGAUCCUUGCCCCCGUCCCAUAUGACCACAGUGAAUUAGAAUAACAUAUUGACUCAAUCUGAAUAUUUGAACCAAAUUAUUUAAAAUAGCAAAGCAAAGCUCACUGUAUUGGGUGAAUGUAAACUCAACAUGGUUAUAUUUAAAUGUUCGGGUUCGUACCCUGAAACUUGGCAUGUUGUCACUCUUAAUUCUCAAAUACUAUUCGAAUUGUAAUAAA